CCAUCUUAAACCUUCCCCUCCCCACGUCAUCUCAUUCAUCGAACCCCUCCACUUGCAUGCACAGUCCCCUCCAUCCCUUUCCCUCCUCCUUUCCCCCUCCUUUUCCCUCCCAGCAAACUUCCACCAUGGAUUCUGGACCUCCUUGGACCGCCAGCCCCACACGCAGGGGCACCCUCUCUGCCCCCAAUGCCACCACACCCUGGCUGGGCCGGGAUGAGGAGCUGGCCAAGGUGGAGAUCGGAGUUCUGGCCACUAUCCUGGUGCUGGCCACCGGGGGCAACCUGACUGUGCUGCUGACCGUGGGACAGCCAGCCCGGAAGCGCUCCCGCAUGCACCUGUUUGUGCUGCACCUCGCCCUGACUGACCUGGGCGUGGCGCUCUUCCAAGUGCUGCCCCAGCUGCUGUGGGACAUCACCUACCGCUUUCAGGGCCCCGACCCCCUCUGCAGGGCCAUCAAGUACCUGCAGGUGCUCAGCAUGUUCGCCUCCACCUACAUGCUGCUGGCCAUGACCCUGGACCGCUACCUGGCCGUUUGUCACCCACUGCGCAGCCUCCAGCAGCCCAGCCAGUCCACCUACCCACUCAUCGCUGCUCCCUGGCUGCUGGCUGCCGUCCUCAGCCUCCCUCAAGUCUUCAUUUUUUCUUUACGAGAGGUGAUCCAGGGCUCCGGAGUACUGGACUGCUGGGCAGACUUUCGCUUCCCUUGGGGACCACGGGUCUACAUCACCUGGACCACUCUGGCCAUCUUCAUCCUACCUGUGGCCAUGCUCACGGCCUGCUACAGCCUCAUCUGCCACGAAAUCUGUAAGAAUCUAAAAGUCAAGACACAGGCCCAGAGGGUAGAAGGAGGUGGCUGGAGGACUUGGAAGAGAUCCUCACCUUCUGUCCCAGCCACAGCCACGCGGGGGCUGCCAUCUCGGGUCAGCAGCGUUAGCACCAUCUCACGGGCCAAGAUCCGAACUGUGAAGAUGACCUUCGUCAUUGUGCUGGCUUACAUCGCCUGCUGGGCACCCUUCUUCAGUGUCCAGAUGUGGACUGUGUGGGAUGAAAAUGCUCCCGAUGAAGAUUCAACCGAUGUGGCUUUCACCAUCUCCAUGCUUUUGGGCAACCUCAGCAGCUGCUGCAACCCCUGGAUCUACAUGGGCUUCAACAGCCACGUGUGGCCGCGCCCCCUGCGCCGCCUGGCCUGCUGCGGGGGUCCCCGGCCCCGGAUGCGCCGGCAGCUCUCCAAUGGCAGCCUGUCCAGCCGCCGCGCCGCGCUGCUGACCCGUUCCAGUGGCCCGCCCGCCCUCAGCCUCAGCUCCAGACUCAGCGGGAGGCCAGGGCCUGAAGAGUCACUGAAGGACUCAGAGCAAGUGGUUGGGAAUGUCACCACUGAGAUCGGCAUCUUUUAG